GGUCGUUACGGAUCGAGUUGUAGAUCCACUGCGCGAGACUACUGAUGCCAAGUGGAACUGACGCGCACCGGUUCAAAAUGUAACUCGGUGCACACCUGAUGAUUUGACCUUCAGUGACCCCAAUCAAACGAAGAUGAGAGAAGAGACACCAAAAAAUCAAGUGGAAAUGGCAUUCGAAUUACACCUGGUUUGUCAUCAAAAGAGUUGCUUUUUGCAUCCCUGAGGAAAUAAGUCUGGAUAUUGUCACCGCUUGCCCAAGGGGAAGCCACUUCUCCUCAGUUUAUUGGUGCGCUUCUUUGGGACCAUGGCCAGAAACUCAUUCCGUGGGUCGAAGUACAAGGCAGAGGCCAAUCAUGAUGGAGAGUUUGGCUGUACACUCAAAGAGCUACGCUCUCUCAUGGAAUUCAGAGGGACAGAUGGAUUACAAAAGAUUCAGGAGUGCUAUGGAGAUGUUCAAGGACUCUGCUCCAGGUUAAAAUCAUCACCAACAGAGGGGUUAAGUGGUCAUUCGGAUGACAUUGCAAGAAGAAAAGAAGAAUUUGGAAAGAAUUUUAUACCACCCAAAAAGCCCAAAACAUUCCUUCAGUUGGUGUGGGAAGCAUUGCAGGAUGUGACUCUAAUUAUUUUGGAAGUUGCAGCCAUAAUAUCCUUAGGCCUUUCCUUCUAUAAACCUCCUGAUGGCGAGAGAGAAUACUGUGGUAGGGCGGCUGGAGGAGCUGAGGACGAGGGUGAGGCGGAUGCGGGCUGGAUUGAGGGUGCUGCCAUCCUUUUGUCUGUUGUUUGUGUGGUUCUUGUCACAGCAUUCAACGAUUGGACCAAAGAAAAACAAUUCCGAGGACUCCAGAGCCGCAUUGAACAAGAGCAGAGGUUUACUGUACUUCGAGGCGGUCAAGUCAUUCAGAUUCUUGUAUCCGAGAUAGUGGUUGGAGACAUCGCACAAGUAAAAUAUGGUGACCUCCUUCCUGCUGACGGUGUACUUAUCCAAGGCAACGAUCUGAAAAUUGAUGAGAGCUCCCUCACGGGAGAGUCAGACCAUGUCAAAAAAACUCUGGAUAAAGACCCCAUGCUUCUUUCAGGCACGCAUGUGAUGGAAGGCUCCGGAAAAAUGCUGGUCAUUGCGGUGGGGGUGAACUCUCAGACGGGAAUCAUCUUCACUCUGCUCGGAGGCGGAGAUGAUGAUGAUGAUGAUGACGACGAUGAGGAGAAAAAAGAAGAGAAGGAGAGGAAAAAGAGGGAGAAGGAGGAGAAAAAGAAAGAAAAAGAGAGGAAGAAGAAGGAGAAGAAAGAUAAAAAGAAAAAGAAGGAUGGAGGCACAGUGGAGAUGGAGCCCCUCAACAGUGAUGAUGGAACAGAAGAGCAGAAAAAAGCCAAGUUACCAAAGAAAGAGAAAUCGGUACUUCAAGGGAAGCUUACUAAACUAGCUGUACAAAUCGGGAAAGCAGGUCUCUUAAUGUCGGGCAUCACAGUCGUCAUUCUUAUCGUGCUCUUUUUGGUGGACACUUUCUGGAUCCAGGGGGUUCCGUGGAUCAAAGAAUGCACUCCCAUAUACAUACAGUUUUUUGUCAAGUUCUUCAUCAUCGGUGUCACUGUGCUGGUUGUUGCCGUGCCUGAGGGUUUACCCCUUGCUGUCACCAUCUCAUUGGCCUAUUCUGUAAAAAAAAUGAUGAAGGACAACAACCUGGUGAGACAUCUGGAUGCUUGCGAGACGAUGGGCAAUGCCACUGCGAUUUGCUCUGAUAAAACGGGCACCCUUACCAUGAACAGAAUGACAGUGGUUCAGGUGUAUAUUGGAGACAGACACUACAGGAAGGUCCCAGAUCCUGAUUUGAUUCCUGGCAACAUCAUGUAUCUGCUCGUCACAGGCAUCAGCGUUAACUGUGCGUAUACUUCAAAAAUAAUGGCUGCUGAGAAAGAGGGUGGUCUCCCGCGACAAGUUGGAAACAAAACUGAAUGUGCCUUGCUUGGGUUUACCACUGAUUUACGGAAAGAUUACCAAGCCAUUCGCCUUGAAUAUCCAGAGGAAAAACUGUACAAAGUAUACACAUUUAACUCAGUCAGGAAAUCCAUGAGUACCAUCCUUAAAAAUUCAGAUGGAAGUUACCGUAUGUUCAGCAAAGGAGCGUCAGAAAUCCUCCUGAAAAAGUGCUGUAAAAUCCUGUCAAAAAAUGGCGAUGCUGGAGUUUUUAAGCCCACUGAUCGGGAUGAUAUGGUGAAAAAGGUGAUUGAGCCCAUGGCCUCUGAGGGCUUGAGGACCAUCUGCCUCGCCUACAGGGACUUCCCUGUUUCAGAUGGAGAGCCUGAUUGGGAUGAUGAGGCUGAUAUCCUGACUGGUCUCACUUGCAUUUGUGUGGUGGGCAUUGAGGAUCCUGUUCGACCGGAGGUCCCCGAUGCUAUUAAGAAGUGCCAGAGAGCAGGUAUCACUGUGCGCAUGGUCACAGGAGAUAACAUUAACACCGCUCGAGCUAUCGCAACCAAGUGUGGCAUUAUCCACACCGGUGAUGACUUCUUGUGCCUUGAAGGCAAAGAGUUUAACAGGCGGAUACGCAAUGAGCUGGGAGAGAUUGAGCAGGAGCGCCUGGACAAGGUCUGGCCCAAACUGCGCGUACUUGCAAGAUCUUCUCCAACUGAUAAGCACACUUUGGUCAAAGGUAUAAUUGAUAGCACCGUUGCUGAACAGAGACAAGUAGUUGCUGUCACUGGAGACGGAACCAACGAUGGCCCUGCGCUGAAAAAAGCUGAUGUUGGAUUUGCGAUG